AUGGACAACAAAGAUUUGGGCCCCGAAUUUCCUCAGGCUUCUCAUAAUGAGAAACAUGGCCUUGGCGAUCACUCCGACAUUCCUCCCGGCAGCGGUGCUCGUCGUGGAUCUACCGCUCUCAACAUCGUUGAGAAUCCUCUGCAGAGAGUGACACCUGAACAAGCCGCUCACGAUGGCCGUCUCUUCGCCCAGAACCACGGCAUGUCCGAACACGCCGAACUUUUCGCUCGCGCAGCUUUGGUGGCUCGCGACGCUAACCGCUUCAAUAUGGUCAAGGAGCUCGAGGAAGAUGAACGACAAGCCCUCGAGUAUGAAAGAGACCACAAGUGGCACGGGCCAAAGAUGCUCUGGUACUCCAUCUCUCUCUGCGCUAUCGGCGCCGCCACCCAAGGUUGGGAUCAGACCGGUUCCAACGGUGCCAAUCUUUCGUUUCCCGAGGAAUUUGGUCUUGAUGAGGCGAAUAGUAUUCGCGAUCAGUGGAUUGUUGGUCUUGUCAAUUCUAUCAUUUUCUUGACUGCUGGACUUAUUGGCGCAUUCAUCGUUGAUCCUCUCAAUCAUUAUUUCGGCCGAAGAGGCGAAAUCUUCAUCACAGCUUGCUGUCUCACCGCUACCCCCAUCGCCUCCGGCUUCACCCACUCAUGGCAAACGCUCUUCGCCGUGCGCUUCGUUAUGGGCAUCGGCAUCGGCGCCAAAAACGCCACAGUUCCUAUCUACUCUGCAGAAAUGGCCCCAGCACGCAUCCGCGGCGCCCUGGUUAUGUUCUGGCAGCUGUGGGUCGUCAUCGGCAUCUUUCUCGGCUUCUGUGCCAACGUUAUCGUUAAAGACACCGGUCGAAUCUCGUGGCGCCUCCAGCUCGGUUCAGCCUUUAUCCCAUCUUUCCUCCUUGGUCUGGGAAUCUUCUUUUGUCCCGAGUCGCCGCGUUGGUUGAUGAAGCAUGGGAAGCAUGCCAAGGGAUUCCAGUCGAUGCAGAAAUUGAGAGCCCAUGAUAUCAUUGCUGCGAGGGACUUUUACUACUCGUGGAUUAUCUAUGAGGAGGAAUUGACAGUUGCGAGGGGAGCAGGAUAUUUCCAGCGUUUGUGGGACUGCUUUGCUGUGCCACGAAUCAGGAGGGCGAAUUAUGGUGCUUCGACGGUUAUGAUCGCGCAGCAGAUGUGUGGCAUCAAUAUCAUUUCGUUCUACAGUUCCACCAUCUUCCGUAACGCUGGAUACACUCCUACGCAGGCCCUGUACGCCUCGCUUGGCUACGGUGCUAUCCAGGUCGUCUCUACCAUUCCGACUCUAUUUCUCAUUGACACCAAGGGUCGACGCACUCUUACUCUCGCCACUUUCCCUGUUAUGUGUAUCUUCUUGCUUGCAGCCGGCCUGUCGCUCCUCAAUCACAGUGGCAGCCGAGGUGCACAAAUCGGACCAGUCGUCUUAUUCAUCUAUCUUUUCACGAUUGCCUACUCUUUGGGUGAAGGCCCUGUCGCAUUUCAAUACUCUGCCGAAGUAUUCCCUACUAUUCAACGUGAGCAGGGCAUGGCUUGGGCUGUCUGCAUCAACAACACCUUUGCUGGUGUCCUUGGUCUAACCUUUCCUCGAAUGUCCGCCGCCAUGACACAAACCGGCGCCUUCGGCUUCUACGCUGGUCUCAACUUGAUCGCCUGGGGCAUGAUCUUUUGCUUCGUCCGCGAAACCAAGCAACUCACCCUCGAAGAACUCGACCAGGUCUUUUCUGUUCCGACGAGUCAGUUCAUCUCUUAUGAGACCAAGGUAUGGCUGCCGUACUUUAUCAAGCGACAUAUUCUCCUCAAGAAGAUUGAGAAGCCGCCGCCCAUCAUUGAGCGGGCUGAUAAGGGUUUUGACUCUGCAUAA